AUGGCGGAUAGCCUAAAAAGCGUUGCAGGUGUUGCUACCUUGCCGCCCAGAAGAAGGCGUAACUUGUAUAUCAAGAUGCUGAUCGAGAACGACCAAUCUGUGGAUUGGUAUUACGCCAUCUCACCCAAGGUGCUCAACUGGACUUUGUUGGCAGGCUACAUCGUUCUCCCUUCCACGUUCACGACCAUGAAUCGCUCCGAAGCUUUCAACACCAUGAUGGAAGACAAUGAGGUUGUGCUAAAGGCAUUUCAGAAUCCUCCUUUACUUGGACUUGCACUGUUCUUGUUUAUUGUUUCUCUGAUAGGGUUGACUUGUAUAUGGUGGGUCUGGAAGUGCAAUUAUAUCUGGAGUCUUAACAACAUCAUCACGCAAGUCCAUCAUACGUUCAAUAGACCACUGCUCACAAACUCACUACUCGGCUUCAGCACGACCUUGCUAAAUGUAUACGCUGUGCGAGAUGGUACAUGGUCGGCCAUCGCCAUAGCUGCCAUCACCGCAACUAGCUUCUGCUUACUCAUCUCCAUCGUUGCGUAUACAAUCUAUAGUAUAUGGCUUUUGAAACCCAUAAGAGCAGCUCGAGCCGGUCAGAACGUGGAAGGCUAUAGCACGGCCGAUACCGCGACCCACAGGAAAGAGUGA